AUGCCCUCUCCCGUGCAUUGCACUGCUCGUCGUCGGAGGUCCCACUCAGCGUCUGGUUCGCCGUCACCCGCGCCCCGAUUUAUGCCUGAUGAUGCCUGGAGGUGCUCAACCAAGAGAGCCCAUCCGCAUCAGCCCUUUAGUCCGUCCUAUCGCGACGACUCCACCCCGGAGGCGCCGCAGAAGUGGGAUGUGGACAUGUGGAGAAGGGGGAAGAGAGCUCGUAGAGAGGCAUCGCCUGAAAAUACGGACGACGAUGAGUUAGCCACUCCCAUGCACUGGUCAUCCAGCUCGGAGGACCAGCCGAGUCCGUCCUCCGCGCCCCCAACACCGGGUUUUGCGUGUACCCCAGCAGCCUUCAACCUUUUCCCAAGUCGCAAGCGGACACACCGCGGCGGACACCACUCUCAAGGUCGUAGGUCGCUCCCCGCAGUCAAUGAACCGAAUUCCGUGGACAUGCAUCGUAUGCGCACCACUGCUUUCGGCGAUUUGCGGAAAAGCAUAGCGGAGGGCGGAGAGGGUUUCGUCCUGCGCAUGCGGGACCUGGAACAGUCGCGAACGAAGAACCUGCUUGCAGGUACUCGUGGACGUCUUGCAGAUCAACGACGUGCGCAUGUGGGGUCGCGUAGGCGGCCCGCAUCACAUUACGAGUCAGUCAGGCGGCUGUAUCCUGCCGAUGAUACCCAGUCCGGCGAUGAAGACGAUGAAAUUCAAAUCUUCGUAGGAGAAAAUACGCUCGGUGGCGAGCCCGUUAAUAAAAAGCGGGCCAUGUCAUUAGGUGACAUGGAUUUGGACACCUUCACUGUCGACCCUCAGUCAUACCAGUCUCCGAUCGAGGAAAGCGACCGAUGUUCCUCGCCAGUCGACACAUCGGCAUCAGGACCUUCCUCCUAUUCCUCGGACGAUGAAGAAGUAAAUAACCUAUUCAAGGAUACCCGCUUUUCAUUCGCCGCGAAUAACGUCACAAACCCGUUCACGCCCUCACUGACACACACUUACACGAAUUCCACCAACUCUUCCCUUAUCUCGCUUCCUCUCCCACCUCCCGUCAAUUCGACAUUUUCUCCCGCACCGCCGAUGUCCUGCCGGCUUCCUUCACGGAAACGCCGAGCCCCGGACGUGCCGUCCUCGGCUUCUCGGUCUGAGAAAGCCAUCGCGGCGCUCACUUUGGCGUUGGCCAACGGCGCUGGCGACGUCAACGACUACGGGCCCUUGUCGGCCAUACAUACGCCUGCAAUUAUAGACGACUGUGAAGUCGGAUCGAUGUUUGACUAG